GGGCCUAAGCCCUUGCCUUACCUGGAGCCGCCCUCAAUUCCCAAUCAAAGCCGGAAACAGGAACGUCCUUCUCAUGUAUCUAUACCAAUACCAAUUCCCAAUCAAAACCGGAAACAGGAGGAACGUCCUUCUCAUGUAUCUAUAAAUAAAAUAUAUACAUCUACUUCCGCGGUUUAUUCACUGUCCAAACCCAAACAUCAACCAACUCUCAGAUUCCUUCUGCAUCCAACUCCUCGAGCAUUCACCAAAUCAACUCAGAAUCGCAAUGAUAGGUCGCUGUAAGAGACUUAAAGUCGAAGGGGACACACUUGAUAGACUUACCGAUCUUCCCAUUUAUGUCAAACACCAGAUUGAGGAGCACUUGUCUAUUGAGGAAGCCGCAAAAAGGAGUGUUUUGUCUAGAGCAUGGAGACAUGUUUGGUCCUCAAUCCCCAAGCUCGUAUUUUCUGCUCAGUUUUGCAAGAACAAGCCAUCAGAAAAAUUAAUAGACAUCAUUAAUACUAUUCUGUCGCAGCACGAUGGAGCCAUUAAGGCAAUCCUCCUAAAUAUUUCAACAAUACCUUCUUCUCAGCACUCAAUUAUCGAUCAAUGGAUGCUUUUGUUGUCAAGAAAUGGUCUCAUGGAUCUCACCCUUCAGAAUAUGAACAAAGCUCCUUAUACUUUGCCUUCCUACAUAUACGGUGUAGAACUAGAAAGUUUGGACCUGUCCAAUUGCAUUUUCAGGCCGCCAUCCAGCUUUAGGGGUUUCCACAAGCUCAAAAGUCUUUCACUAUGUUGCGACUUCUUUCUUGUGGAUGCCAAACCUUGAGAACCUCCGUUUUAUGUCAUGCUCUGGUCUUCAUCACUUGAAAAUAUGUGCUCCAGAACUUUUGCUAUUAAGUUUCUUUACCAGUGGCAUUGACAACCUUCAGCUGGGUCAUUUCAUUGACUGUCGGAAGCUGAAAGCAGUUGCACUUGCAUCACAAAACAAUCAACAUAAAGUGAUGAACUUGACCAAUCUUCUCAGUGGCUGGACUAAAGUUUGUCGUCUUCUUUUGGACAGUUACUACCUCAAGUCUUUUGCUUCUGGUACUGAAGUAGAGAGGUUUGCUACACGUCUCGACAACUUGAGGGUUCUCAGUUUUCAUCAAUUCAACUUUGAUGAUGAAGAUCAAAUAUCUUCCCUUAUAAGAAUGCUUAGCGCUUCUCCCAAUUUGAAUGCCCUUCUAUUUUCGUUGGGCUCGAAGAACAAAGGUGACAUUGAAGUCAAUGUAAAUCAUUUUGAAGGACCAACCUACAGGAGACAAGGACUCAACAAGCUUAAAGAACUCAAAAUAGAUCACUUCCAUGGUUCAAGAACUGAAUUGCUCUUUGUAAGGUCUAUACUUGCUUCUGCACCUUUACUCCUGAAGGCCACCCUUUUGUUAGAUGAAAGUGUUCAUGAAGGCCAGCACUUGAAGAUCUCAAAGGAAUUGAAGGGGUUCCCUCAGGCAUCUCCCAAAUUGAAAAUAAUAUGCGAACCGCUAAAACAAACCAAGCGAGUGCUUCAUUGAGAUGGAUGUACCCGCUAUCUCACCGUUUGUUCUCUGUAAUAGUGACUAAUUCAGGGGGUCCUAUAUUAUUUAUCUUGAGUGGCAUGUUACCUUGGAUAUUUAUACUUUUGGUCCCUCAUCCAGAAAUUUUAGUUUUGAUUCUUGGUAUUUGGCUAACAUCAUUUGAUCAUCAAUUAAUUGAAUAUGCUCCUUUGCUCAUCUUUUCUUUGCUAAGAGAGAUAGUUCAUGUAUUUUUUUACUCUCUAUUUUUACUUAAGAAUUGGUUGAUUUGCAUUUAACUUGAGCAAGAUAAUCGCUUGAUUAAUUUCAUAUGGUGACUGAUUCAAUGAAGCACAGAAUCUUAAUAUUUUUUCUAAAAUCGCAGUAAAUAAAGGUUAAAAAUUGGCAAGUAACUGUAAUUUUCUCAUUAAUCAAUGUUUGACAAUUGCUUUAACAACAAUUAAAUGGGUUGUCUAAUUUAAAUUUUGUGGUAACCAUUGCCUUUAUAGAUAAGCUGCAGAAGCGUAGGGGAAAGUGGAGGCAUCCAUGAAUUGGCACAAGAAAGUGCCUAGACCAUUUGAAGCUGUUUUUACCUGUAUUAUCGUUCCUUUCUCCUCACUAGCCGCUACAGCUUUCUCCUUGAACCUCUUCCAAUCCUUUAUCACAGUAAUGGAGCAGAUACAUGUAGUGUUUUCUAUAGCCUUUUUUUUUGUGGAAGUAUGGGAUCUUGUUAUGUAUUCCUUCAGUUUUGACAAAACAAAGAGAAUUUGAGGGAUUUCCAUUCCUUAUAUUGUGGUUGAAGCACUCAAUGCAAAUGUUGAAGGGCUAUAUUUUCGUGUACAAUAUCUCAAGACUGGUGAAACUUGUAAGUAACUAAAUAUUUACACUAGUAUUGUAACUUUUGACGGCAGAAGGCCAGGUAUAAAAAAUUUAUGAUUAAAAUUCAGGAUUUUAUGCUUUUAUUUCUGCUUUUUAUUAAUUAUUAUAGUGACUUUUUUUCUUCUAUAUGUAGCAUCCAGAGGAAUGCUACAAACUACUUUACCUUGUGACUGCUUUUCCUUCUGCUGCAGUAUAACUGGUGUAAAAUGGUUUCCAUGCAUUGAUUUUAAUGGAAGGUCUUUUUCAUUUGCUAUUUAUCUGUGUUUCAUAACCAUCUACAGUAGAAAAUGUAACUCCAAAUUGGAUACACCAAAAUCUGGUUCAGGUUCAGCUGGUAUAUCUGUCAAAGGAGCCACUGUGGCAGCAGGGACGGAAUGAUCAGCAACACAGGCACCACGUUGGAAUCAGAAGCAGUGAGAGUAGCUGGUAACUGGUUACUUGGCAAUUGGUACUACCAAAGUAGCUACAACAGGAUCGUCCAUUUGUGAUGGAUCCGACACCGGGGGCCACUUCAUCAAGGAUUCUUGCUGAGUUGCCACAGCCAAAGCUGAGGGCUAGGAGCAAGAUGCAGAAGAUAGCUUGGAGUGUUUUAGAGUUUAACGAGUGACGCACACAGUUUGCAGGUAUUCCCAGUUACACGUCUGACUACUCCGCCUUUAUGAGAUGUCUGGGGAUAAAAAAGAUGUGCCUACAACACGUUCAGGACAAAAGUCCAUGUCUGGCAGAUAGAAGUGCUGAAAUGAAACUCAAUCACUGUAAAAGAUACAAAGAAAUAUCAGCGGAUAGACAGGAAGCAUCAUUAUUAUAAUGGCAUACGAAAGAACUCGAUUCAAGAAGACGUCCUACUGUGGAUAACUCCGUCAAAUCAACAUCUUUGAGUAAUUCACCGUUUCAAAGGGAGAGUGUGCCCAUAAUAAGAGACUCUGCUCUUACCUCAAAAGAAGGUUAGCAAAUUAAACUUCUGCUUUUUCUGUUUAAACACAAUCAGUUUAAACUAAACAUGUUUCAUGCUUGAUUAUUACUUGCUACAUAUGAAGUUAGUAUGUUACCUGCCCCUUCUGCCAAAGGAAAAUGUUUAUUUGGCCCUUUUUCCGUCUUUGAAACAGGCGAGUAUAAGAACCAUAUUGUUUUAGUAAAAUUUCGUUAACCAUUUACUUAUGUAAUUCAUAAUUGUUUCUUUAUUAGUAUCCACAUCAGAUACAUCUAAUGAACGAUGUGGUGUUGGUUCAGAAAAUGUAACAAACAGAGGUUUGUAUCAGUCUCAAGUUAGAAUAGUAUUCCUUCUCUUCCUUUCAAGUGCAAAUUCACUUCUAACCAUUUCCAUAACAUUCAGGGGUUGGACUAAAUAGAAGAGCUCAUCUGCACAUUAGUCAACUACAAACCGAAUUUGUUGCUCCAUAGUUGUCCCAAAUUGUAAAUUUUGUGGUGCAAGAAGAUUCUAGUAUGAGUCCCCUGAAUUUUAUUGCAGUAAUGGAUCAAUUAAGCUUACUUCAUAUGAAAUGCCUAUGGAGCUACGGAAUUUAUUUUUGGGGUACUACCAAAGAAUCAGACCUUUUUCGAACGUAUAUCAGGACAUACAGUAAUAUGUUUGCAUUUACUUCGCUCGGGGUAAAAUAUGACAAAGACUUGGCUUGGAGAAAUUGCGGUAUUUGUACAUUUAGUGUUCAAGGGAAAAUGUACCACUUCAUAGAUGAUCUAUGACAAUGAAAAUGAGGUAGCAAACAGAAUUGCUUCUU